AUGAUAAUACUUUUUGUUUUAUUUGAAAGCUCCUCCUUAUUACCUAAUCAUUUUCUUUGUAAUAUUUUUAAAAUGAAUAUGUCGUAUACGUAUAAUUAUAAAGGAGUUGAUGACUUUAUUAAGCAAAAUUUCGCUGAUGAAGUUGAGAAAGCUAUUAAUUAUCAAAUUAUGUUUGAAUUGAAAGCUUCUCAUGCUUAUAUGUCUUUAGCUGCUUAUUACAUGAGACCAGAAGUUGCUUUAGAAAAUGUUGCAAAAUGGUUUUUGAAGCAAUCUGAUGAGGAAAGAGAGCAUGCCACUGGAUUUAUAAAAUAUCAAAAUAGACGUGGAGGAAAAGUUGUUUUAGAAGAUAUAAAAGCCAGUGGCAAACAAGAAUUUGGUUCACUUGUUGAAGCUUUUCAAUACGCUUUGGAAUUAGAAAAAAGUAACAAUGAAGGUUUACUUAGACUCCAUCAAAUAUCCUCCGAAAACAAGGACGUCGAUUUUUGUACUCUUUUGGAGGAUAAAUAUCUUGAGGAACAAACUCGUUCCAUUGAAGAGAUUGGAAGAUUUAUUACCAAAUUAAAAAGACUUGGUACUGGUAUUGGAGAAGACUACUUUGACAAAGAGAUAAUGGAAUGUUUUUCUUAA